UAUCGAUACAUUGAUAUUCCUUCAAGUUGCCCAUCUCUACGAAAUUCGUAGUACGAAAUAUCGAAAACGAAACACAUCACGCGGGCGAAGUUUCGGGAAAUUCAGCAUUUACAAAUUUCUCCCUCUGUGGCGUAUGUGUGUUUGUACGAAUUAGCGGCUGAAAACCAAAAACCGAGGUGCGAGAGCGAGAAUACAUAUAUAAAAAACGCGUGCGUUUCUCCUCUAACACAUACAGUGAGUGUGACCGUUGUAUUUGUGACCUGUGCCUGUGUUUGCGGCCACUGGAGGAUCAACGAUUUUAAAAGAAUACUAAAAGUACCGGCACAUCAAUAUAAAAGUAUUAUAACCACGCAACAAAUUCAAUUUUUAGCAUUUUAACUAAAAUACAAGGGAUAUAAAUCAUGACUGAAGUUGAGCAACCGCCACAGAAUGGCAUAGAUCCCACUGCCGGCGAAGAUGAUGACAACAGCAAAGCACGUCCCGCGGAUAUUGAACAGGAUAUGCGCGAAAUGGAGCGUCGCAAGCGAGUCGAGGCUAUAAUGGGCUCGAAGCUGUUCCGCGAGGAGCUGGAGCGUAUCGUGGACUCGGCGCGCGAUGGAGGAGCUGGCGCUAGUGGAAUCCUGCAGCAGCUGUCGGACAUUGUGGGCGUACCAGUGUCCAGGGUGGGCAACGUCUUCAAGAGCAGCAACUGCAUGGUGCCCAUCAACGAUAUACGCGGCGUCGAGUCCAUGGGCUAUGCCAAGGGCGAGAAGAUACUCCGGUGCAAGCUGGCCGCCACAUUCCGUCUGCUCGAUCUGUACGGCUGGACCCAGGGUCUGGGGGCACAGAUCACCGCCCGACUAAAGGUCGAUCAGGAGUACUUCCUGGUUAAUCCAUACGGCCUGCUUUACCACGAGAUCACUGCCUCAGCGCUGAACAAAGUGGACAUGCAAGGACAGAUUGUCGAGCAAGGCACCACCAACUUUGGCAGCAACAAGAGUCACUUUGUCCUCCAUUCGGUGGUACAUGCUGCCCGUCCAGACAUUCGAUGCGCCAUCUAUAUCGGCUGUAGUCCAGUCGUGGCUAUUUCCUCACUGAAGUCGGGUCUGUUGCCUUUGACCAAGGAUGCCUGUGUGCUGGGCGAGAUCACCACUCACGCUUAUACUGGCCUGUUCGACGAGCGCAAUCGAUUGGUUCGCAGCCUUGGUCCCAACUCCAAGGUGAUUCUGUUAAGUAAUCACGGUGCUUUGUGCUGCGGAGAGACCAUCGAGGAAGCCUUUUUCGCCGCCUGUCACAUUGUGCAGGCGUGCGAGACCCAACUGAAGCUGUUGCCCGUCGGUUUGGAUAACUUGGUGCUGAUUCCGGAGGAGUCGCGCAAAGCCAUUUACGAGGAGUCACGCCGCCCGCCGGAGGAUCUGGAGAAGAAGUUUGCAGCCGUCGCCGCUGGCGAAGAUAGUGCUGCCGCUGCUGAAAAGGAGGCAGCUGAAGCCGUACCCAAGGUGGGCAGUCCACCCAAGUGGCGUGUGGGUGGUGCUGAAUUCGAGGCCUUGAUGCGCAUGCUGGAUAAUGCUGGCUAUCGCACUGGCUAUAUCUACCGCCAUCCACUGAUCAAAUCGGAUCCUCCCAAGCCUAAGAACGACGUUGAACUACCGCCAGCUGUUUCAUCACUGGGCUAUCUUCUUGAGGAGGAGGAGCUCUUCCGUCAAGGGAUCUGGAAGAAGGGAGAUAUUCGCAAAGGCGGCGACCGCAGCCGGUGGCUCAACUCGCCGAACGUUUACCAAAAGGUCGAGGUUCUGGAGACCGGCACUCCGGAUCCCAAGAAGAUUACAAAGUGGGUGGCUGAAGGUUCCCCCACCCACUCAACGCCAGUGAGGAUAGAAGAUCCACUCCAGUUUGUGCCUGCAGGAACCAAUCCAAGGGAAUUUAAGCGUGUCCAGCAACUAAUUAAGGACAACCGCCGGGCAGAUAAGAUUUCCGCCGGACCACAGUCGCAUAUUCUGGAGGGCGUGACAUGGGACGAGGCGAGCCGGCUCAAGGAUGCAACGGUCUCGCAGGCCGGCGACCAUGUCGUCAUGAUGGGUGCCGCUUCCAAGGGAAUCAUCCAGCGUGGCUUCCAGCACAAUGCCACUGUGUACAAGGCUCCGUAUGCUAAGAACCCAUUCGACAACGUCACAGACGAUGAACUCAAUGAAUACAAACGCACAGUGGAGCGCAAAAAGAAAUCGGUGCAUGGCGAAUAUACCGACACAGACUUUUCGGAAUCCGAAGCGGUCCUGCAGGCGGGGACAAAGAAAUACCCACAAAGCGAACCCGAGACCGAGCACCAGGUCAUUGAGAUUCAAACACAACAAGCGCCAGUGCCAAGGCAGGCGGAAGUCGUGCUGAGCGAUGGCGAAAAUAAGAAUAAUGAGUAUCAGAUAUGUGUAGACGACAAGGAGAACCAAUUAUAUGAGCGGAAUAGAAACAUACCCGGUAAUAGCAAGUGCCGACGUGACUUGUUUGCAACUAAGGGCGAGGAUCCUAUAUCAUCACCGGAUCAUCUGUAUACCUAUGUCUAUGCGACAGCUGGCUCUUUGGGUCAGUGCGCCCAACCAAAGGUGUGCUCCGCUUUGCUGAGGGCUCUACAUAGCGAGCAGUUGGGUUACCUGGCCAGUUGCUAUCGUGGAGGAGCUGGACACUCGAAUGCCACCACUGCCAGUACAUGCACUAUAACCAGCGCCACGGGUUCCUCCACCGCAUCGCGCAGACCAUUGCAACAUGUGAAUAUUGUGUAUCCACAGCCGUAUCGCACGGGUUCCCAUUUCGGAUUCAAUUCACCACGCCAGCAUCCGCAUACUGAGCAUAAGCAUGUGCCCAAGGAGCGAGACCAUCAUGCCUUGGGCUACCGACCCAUGCAGCGAGGGAUCAGCUACGAGGAGAUCUUCGCCACGCCUCGCUAUGAACAAUUGUGCCAGGCGUGUUUCGACAAACUACUGCGCCUCAAGCCCGAGCUGCAAAGGAUUGGCACUGCCACAGCUGCUAGUAGUUGUGCGGAGGAGCUUACAAGUGCCGGGAGCACGCCCAUGCAACGACGCCAAAUGCCGACUUUAUCCGAGGCAUACGAUUAUGUUGGUCAAAUGGAAAAGUUGCCUCCACCUUCGAGGGUCCAAUGUAAUGCGUACACACAGACAAAGAGCUCUUCGCCCUCCUCUUCCAUCAAAAAUUUCCUUAGUCAAAUCGAAAAGUUUAACUUUUCGGAAGAAUCGACUAACAUUGAUUAUACUGCACGUCCCAUUAACAGCGAAAGCAGCCUUUUGGGACUGGUUGUGGAACAGGCAUGCUCCAGCGCUGGAGCGAGUGCCACAAGUGCUCCUCCUCGAAGAAUUUACCGUGCAGAGCAAUUGGACAUUACAGAAGUGUGGAGCUUUGGUCGUUGGCUGGAGCCCCAAGACAAUAUGAUAGCGGGUAAUGCAGAUGAGUUUACCCAACAGCCGCUGACCGAGCAUUGCAUCACAUCUGAGUUUAAUCAAGAUUUUUCGACUGCUGACAAUCAGGUCGAACGCCAAUUGAUGAGCCGCGAAGAGCGCCAGCGUCGAAAGUCGGAGUUCGAGGAGCUGUGCCAAGAUCAUGAAAUUCGAGCCAAAGGACAUAUGCAGACCCAUGAAAACAUAUCUCUCGAUAGGCAGGAAGUCGUGACUUUUAGUGCUGAUGAUUGCAUACACCAGGAUAUGGACGAGAUUGUAGACGGAGUCAAUGAUGAAAGAAUGACUGAGCCAAGUGAUGAGUUACCAAAAAUUCUGCAAAAGUUCGAGGAAAGUCUUACUCUAGCUGGCGAGAACCUAGGAAAGCUGGUGGAGAGUACCAAAAAACUACAAGGAAUUCGCACUGAAACAUCACCCGUUUCUUCCAGUAGUUCACCAGUCGAAAUAGGUAAUCUCUUACGAUCGAUAAGUUUGGUGAGCAUUACUUCAGCCGAUGACACUGUGUCCGUACAUGAACCACUUUUCGAUUUGUCUAUAAGCCCAAGUAUCGCCAUAAGCAACGAAGAAGAUGACGGACUUAACCAUAUAUUGGCACAGGAGGAAAAGCGAGACGACGAAAAGCCUGUUACUCCCAUUUCCACGGAGCCAGAUGAGCCCUCAGAUAAGGAAAAGGAUCGUGUCGACGAGAAAGACAUGGACGAAAAUGAUAUUCACGUGGAAGCUGAGUUCCGAGAGGCUCCUGGCGAAACAAUUAAAGUAACCGUCAACCACAAUAACGUUGUGAAAGACUCAGAUGAAAAUGAUCAUUUGGUUGAGACUGAGAUCAGAGAGUUCAAAGAAGUUCGCUCCUUAGAAGCAGACAACCAGUUUUUCACACCUCUAGAACGCGAGAUUCUUCAGCGGAUCGAGAAAGAUAAACUAGACGAAUCGGAGCCUAUAUUUGGGAAGAUUGAUCAUAGUAUUCGCAAUAAGUUGACACCAAAGAAGCUGCAAGACUUGGUCACCGAAGAGAUAUUUCGCACACAUACGCACAUAUACACCAAUCCAAGGACACCGAUAUCGAAAAAUGCACCACAUGACACCACAUUGACUCCCAGUGGCUCAUCGCUGUCCGCUCAUAAUAUCAGUGCUCCCUGCAGUUUGAUGGCGCAUACUCAUCUUGUUACCCGACCAACACCCAGAAUGUCGCGAUCCUGGUCAGAGGAUCAGCAAAGUGUUGAGGACGAACAAAAGAAAAACGGGGAGGAACAACAGAAAUAUAUAGAUAAAGACACUCCCCUAGAUCGAGUCAUCUCAUCCACAACAUUUGUGUGCAGAAGCAGUCCGAACAGAAAGCGCAACUUUAUUCAGGAAAACAUUCGCAAUGCCAGCAGACCACGAAUUGCAUCCGGCGCGAUUAGAAAGCAUAAAAGCAACACAGUCACUUCCCCUAAAGCCAAAUCAAGUCCAUCCUCAGUGUGUGCUUUUCAAUGUGGCCAGCGAGAUAGCGGAGCCCGCCUAUGGGUUGCCUUGCCAACGCCUCCACGUGCUCGGGCUGUGUACGCCGUUCGGGGUAAUCCACCAUCGCCCUUCGCCAAACGUCGCAAAACCGUGGUUAUCCUUCCACCUAUGCGUAGCAAUAUAGACCAGCAUAGCGAGCUAAACUCAUCUAAUGAAUCCCUGCACAGAACUCAUUCCAGUAGCACGUUCUUUGUGCCCGAUGAAGAAGGUCGUGAAAAUUCGGACAACAUUUCAACGAGUACCUUUCAAAUGGAGGAAGCUGAGAAAGAAUCUCCUGUAUCUCAGGGUAACAGGAAUGCGACCAGCAAUUCUGUGUACUAUAGCGCCAACGAUACCACGCGAGAGGAGGGAGAAUCUUCACAGAGCGACACCGAAAGACGUCAUUUGCUCGAGAUUUAUAAUAGUUCUUCCGAUAAUUCUCUAGAAGUUGUCAUGGAAACUAGCCUUAAAACGGAUGGUCACGUUAACGACCUACAACCGAGUACAACCAUUUUGGAAAGUCCAGAAAUCUGUAGCCAACUCGAAGAAGACGGAUCAUCGCUGGAACUCACACGCUUAGCAGGUGGAUCAGAUGCGCACCCAAUUCCUUUGGAUACAACACAAGAAGAAAAGAGUGUGCUGCAGGAUAUGGAUGAUAAUGACGACCAACCCUCGACUUCAAAAGCGGCAAUGGAAAAACUUCGUAUAAUCGGUGAUGCGGGGGAACCGAAAGAGAAUCCUUAUUAUGGGGACGAGGAUGUGGUGACGCUGGACACGGUUUGCAUUGUACGUGGUCUGGAGAUGUUUGUGCGCGAGGUGGAGCCCAUAAACCAUGAAACUUCAGAGGAAUUAUCAGAGUUUGGGGGACUUUUUGAAAAUGGGUUAAUUGAUGAAGAUAGUGAGGAGGCCAUGUCCCAGUAAAAGUGAAACCAGAAGUUGAGGAAGAGUUUACUAAAAAAUAAUAAGAAAUGAAAGGGAAAACAUACUUUAUUUUAAAACAUUUUAUAUUAUUUAACACCGCUUGUGAUUACCUUUGUAUUUUUAACUUUGUAUCAUUAAAACCCUUCUUCUUUUGUAAUGUAA